AUGUCCCCAGGAACGGGAGGUGCUCCUGUAGGGAGUCGAGGUGGAAACGAGGAUGUCGCCUGCUACAAUGUCAUCAAGCUCUCGUGGAAGGGCAAGUAUCCGAGGAUUUUCUCCGUCGGGACCCGGGCCAUCACCACUUACAACAUUGCGGACUGCAUGAUAGAGACUAAUAAGUUCGAGUACCAGGACUUCGUCGCUAUCGAACCCUUGGUCUCGAGGAGCUCCGACACCGAAUUUAUAAUCAAGUACAGGAAAACACGCGAGGGAAGGAAAAUCGGUGACAUGAAAUUCGCCUCGGAAUACAGAGCAGAUAUCCUCACUGAAGCAUUGAAAUUCAAGCACUUAUUCUGUGAGCAGCGUCCGAGUGCCGUUCAAUUCAAAGCGAUGAAGAAAGAUUUCUCAGAACAAAAAGUCCCCCUCAUUUUGGAAGUUUCCGAGAUCUCCGUGAAUCAGCUAGAUCCACAAACCAGAGAAUGUGUUGGCAGAUAUUAUUUCAAAAACAUUACUGGUCUGACUAAGCUACUCGACGGGAAGCCGGGCGGCUUGGUGAUCUCAGUGGACAGCUUCGAGCGUCUCCACGUAUUUUACAUUGAGCGGAGAGAAGCAUUCAUGAAACUCGUUGCGGAGCACGCCAUGAAAUUCGUGGGUGUCAACAUCAAUUUCAAGGACGAGAUGAGCGAGGAGACGGUCCUCCUGCGGCGGUUCGGAAGAUAUUCUUCCGACGAAGCUGUGACAAGCCUCAGUGAUUUCAUGGUACACAAGAUGUCGGCCCGCCACAGGGAUCCGGUGAAGCGCAUCCUCGGGAUCUCCGAAUCCUGUUUGGUGGAACGCGAUUGCGUCACGUACAACGUGACGUCGUUGCGGCCCCUAAGUGAUAUUGCGGCUCUGGUUAGGGACCGGGAAGAGCCGAGGAAGUUCUUCAUCGAGUUCAUCCAAGGCGACCUCGAAAAAGCCUAUUUCUCCUCAAACCGCGACGCCCUGCUGGCUUCACUAUUAGACGGUGUCCGAGCCUCGGGCAAUCGGGACGUUCACGUUCGGAUGUCGAAAAUCAAUCGAGGCAUGCGGUGCGGACCCAUGUACAUUCCUGUUUGUGAGGACGUCGAAAUCGCGCACUUGAAGUUCCUUCACACCCAACCGAAUGCCUGGUCGUUUCCCGACACCGUGGCUCGUUUCAAUGCCAACGUGCCUUAUUCUGGACUCCUGCACACGGCGAAGAACAAAGACGCGCUCUUCGAAAACAAAGACAAGAUGUUCCAGGCUGCUCUGACGGCCAUGUUGGCCAAGGAAGGCGAGCAAGAUCGCAUCCCCCUCGAAACUCUCGAAGCCCAGUUCCACGCGCUACGCAGACUGGUUGCCUGCAAAGCGGGAUUUGCUGCCUUCACUCAAGUCCCGCAUGUUCGCGAGCGCAUCGGCAGGAAGGUGAUCUCAGCACUGUCUCGCGGAGACCCUGCGGUCUCGCACGCGGCCGUGGACAUGCUGUGCGCACUCAUUCAGCCCAUGCACGACGAUUGCGACCUCUACCAAGAACAGUUGAACAAAUUAUCGAUACUCUCUUCAAAGAGUUUCCUCGAGCAGCUCCUCGUCAUGUUCUCGAACCAUGUGCAACACGGAACCGGCUGCCUCGUAGUAUCGGCUAUGUUGGAUUUCUUGACAUUUUCCUUAUGUGCGCCGUAUUCAGAAACGACUGAAGGUGCUCAGUUCGAUGCCUUGUUGGAGCUUGUCGCUAAUCACGCCGGUCGGAUGGUUUUCAAGCUCUUCCAACACACCUCUAUCGCUAUUGUCAAGGGCGCCGGGCGUGUGAUGAAGGCUAUAAUUGAGGAAGGGGAAUCGGAACUCGCCGCGAAAAUGCAAGAUCUCGCUUUGGCGGAAGCCGCUCUACCUCGGCACCUCCUGGAUGCGCUCUAUGUAUCGGGUUCAGAGAGUCGGCUUUUCGCCUUACGAGAGUUGUCCAGACAGCUGGUCGGCCUCUGGCUCACCGGUCACCCAGCCACGAUGAAUGCCCUCAAACGAAUCAUGCCCGCUGGCCUCCUCGCCUACAUGGACUCGAAGGAGAUGCCUCCGAAGGAAGCGAUUGAAACCCUCAAAACUCGAGACAAUCUCAAAAUGGCCACAGAGCUCUCGAACAAGCAUUUGACAAAGAACAAACAAUGGCGAGUCAUCGAACGCCACGUAGAUCAGUUCCUCGUACACUGGAAGUCCCGAAUGACUCAGCUGAAGUCCGACGGAGACACCCGACCUGCCCGGCAGCAGCCUGUGGUGCUUCGUCGAAGGCGACAGAGGGUUAAGAGCUUGGCGAAUUGGACCAUGUUCUACUACCAGUUCCACCAGGAUCACGCUAAGCCACACCUUAUCUGGAACUACAAGACGCGGGAAGAGCUCCGGGACGCACUCGAGAAUGAACUUCGCAGCUUCACUCAAGACCGCGAGUUGUGUCAUGACGUGACGGUGUCCUGGAAUCAUCAGGAAUUCGAAGUAGCGUACCACUCGUUGUCCGAAGAAAUUCGAGUGGGCGACUACUUCCUCCGUCUGCUUCUUGAAGAGGAUGACCGCAAGGUUCGUGAGUCGCCCACCGACCAACCGCUCAGCAAUUUCAUCAUGCAAUCGCGUGAAUUCUUCAACGAUCUCUACCAUCGUUUCCUGCUCUCGAACGAUAUCGGAAUGAAAUGCAUGUGUUUGCGAGCGAUGGCAAUCGUUUAUGGACGUCAUUAUGAAGACAUCGGGUCAUUCAACGACACUCAGAACAUCGUCGAUAUGUUGAAAAACACAACGAGUCGGCACGAGAGGGACCGUCUCCUCAUGUUUAUCGAGAAACUCGUCAACAAUAAGAAAAACAUCAAAUACCUUCUAGAUUGCAACGGCGUCAAGGUACUCGUGGAAUUUUUGUGUCUCGCUCAUCUGCACACGAGUCGAGCCGUGAUCCCAACCCAGACGAACGUGAUCGAAGCCUCAGCCGAGAUGAUGAUGGAUCAAGAGAAGGAAUGGUUUUACGAGAACAAUCAAAAUGGCCCACACAGUAUUAAUGAGAUGAAAAAGCUGUACGAGGACGGUGUAGUGAAUGCGGAUACGAAAGUUUGGGCCCAAGGCAUGGACGGUUGGCACCGACUACAGGACGUUGGGCAACUGAAGUGGACUCUCAUGGCGCAGAGCUCGGCCCUAAAAAACGAAACUGACCUCGCUAUCCUCAUCCUCAACAUCCUCAUCAAAGUGUGUGAAGCCUACCCAACGAAGGAGCCCGACGGCAGCAUCGUACGACCUCUGCCGCGCGUCAAACGGAGACUAUGCGAUCCGACGACUCUCCCCCACAUCGUACAGCUGCUGCUUACGUUCGAUCCGAUUCUCGUCGAGAAGGUUGCCGUCCUGCUGACCCACGUCAUGCAGCACAAUCCGGCCAUCCAGCGACUGUACCAAUCUGGCUUCUUCUUCUUCAUUCUCAUGUACACAGGAUCGAAUGUCCUGCCGAUCGGCAACCUGUUGCAUCUGACGCACACCUGCCAGGCCUUCCGUUCCGAAGAGGGCAGCACGCUGAAACAACGUUCCAUUCUCGGCAACAUCCUGCCCGAAGCCAUGAUCUGUUAUUUGGAGAAUCACGGCGCCGUGAAGUUCGCGGAGAUUUUCCUCGGCGAGUUCGACACACCCGAAGCGAUCUGGAAUUCGGAAAUGCGCCGAUUCAUGAUCGAAAAAAUAGCGACACACAUAGCGGAUUUCAGUCCGCGGCUCAAGUCCAACACCCGGGCUCCGUAUCAGUACUGCCCGAUCCCUCAGAUUCAGUAUCCACAACUGAACAAUGAGCUCUUCUGCAACAUGUAUUACCUACGACACUUGUGUGACGUGCAGAAGUUCCCCGCGUGGCCGAUCCUCGAACCGGUCCAGUUGUUGAAGGACGUUCUCGAUCAAUGGAAAGCAGAGCUCAACGUGAAGCCUCCCCCCAUCAACGAGGACGACGCGUGCGAGGUUCUCGGUCUGAAGCAGGAGGAUAAAACGGACCAGACAAAGAUUCGGAAAGCCUAUUUCAGAUUGGCAGCGAAAUACCAUCCAGACAAAAAUCCCGAAGGCCGAGAAGUGUUCGAGAAAGUCAACAAGGCCUACGAAUACCUCUCGGACUCUUCGAUCCGCAAGGGCGACGGUCCUUGCCCCAUAAACUUGAGCCUGAUCCUCAAAACACAAGCCAUCCUCUUCAGCAGGUGUCGGGACGAACUGCAUCCGUACAAGUACGCCGGUUAUCCGAUGCUCAUAAAAAUGAUCGAGAAAGAAACUCAGGACGAUCAGCUGCUUUCCAAGCAGAAUCCGCUGCUGGGUCUCGCGAUCGAGACCAUGUACCACACUCUAAACUGCUCAGAACUCAACGUUCAGGAGCUCCGACGAGAGGGAGGAUUAGCCGUGCUGGAAAAGGCGUUCGUUCGCUGUGUCGAGCAACUCAACCACUCGAGCACACCCGAUGACCUCGUGGUUUCCGUGUGCAGACAUUCCGUUGCGUGCUUCGCGGUCGCUGCGAAAUUCGACUCGUGUCGCAGCGUGCUCAUAAACGAUCUUCCGAAUUUCGUGUCCGAUCUCUGUCGCAUAUUGUACUUCAAACACUUGACCGAGCUGUGCGCAGCCGCGGUUGAAUGCGUUACGUCUUUGAGUGUGUGCGAGCAGCUGCAGACAUCGAUGCUCGAAUGUGGAGUGCUGUUCCAUCUGCUUCUGUUCUUCUUCAAGUACGAUUUCACGCUCGGUGAGAGCGGUGUCGACGUCAGCAAGGAGAGCAACCAACAGGCCGUAGCCAACUACUUGGCCGAGCUCUCGGUUAGAGCGUGUGCUCGCCUUGCCGGCACCGACCCCGGUUUCGCCACCCCGCCGAACCAACGUAUUCGUCAGUGCCUCAUCGCGCUCCUCACUCCUUACAUCACGAGAAAGCUUGGAGUCUGCCCACCCUCCGAAAUCCUGAAGAUACUCAAUUCGAAUACCGAAAAUCCAUACCUUAUCUGGGACAACUCUACGCGUGCCGAACUCAUUGAGUACCUGGAAAGGCAGCAAAAAUCAAAAAUCCGAUCCGGAGAAUGCGACGAAGACUACGGCUCCGGCUUUUCGUACAGCCUCUUCGAGAAGGAGCUGGUUGUCGGCGACAUAUUCGUUCGGAUUUACAACGAGCAAGCGCAGUUCCCGCUGGAGAACCCACGUCAAUUCACGCAAGAUUUACUCUCCUUCGUUGGAUCCCAAGCUCAGUUUAUCUAUUCGGCUAAAAACAGCAAUCUCGUCGUCACCAAAGACAGCGAGGUCGACCGCGUGACGAACGCCGAACUCGCGAUGGAGGCUUUAUUUAACGUCAUACAGAACAACCCCUCGGUCGAAACGCUCUGCAUCGGACACUUCAAGCUCUUAUUCCUCUUGCUGAACACCGAGUACACUAAACUGCAAGUCCUGGCCGUCAACGUCAUCCAGUCGGUGACGGGCAACAAGAAUUGCGUGCAGGACAUCGCCAACGUCCAGGUUCUAGUCUUCCUGCUGCUCGUUCUCAAGUCGUUCCAAAGUAAUCAACAUCAACAAGCGGUUCUGGACACCCUUCUGCCUUUGAUGUCGAACUCCGCUCUAGUGAAAGAAGCUAUGUCCAAAGGUGCGCUUGUCUACCUGCUGAAUGUGUAUUGCAACGGCCUCGACGCUAAAGUCCGGGAGCGCACGGCGGAACUGAUAGCCAAGAUGAGUUCCGAUAAAUUGAGCGGACCCAAGUUGGUCAGGGUCAUAGCGCGCUUCAUGCCGGCGGUGUUCCUCGAUGCCAUGAAGGAGUCGCCGCAAGAUAGCGUGACGCUCUUUGAGGGCAAUCAAGAAAAUCCGGAGCUUAUUUGGAACGAUGAGAGCAGGGAGAGACUGAAAUCAAGUGUGCGCGAGAUGAGCGACGAGCUUUUCAACAAACAACGAGCCGAACCUUCGGAACGUUGGGAGAUCCCGAGCGACUUCUCGCUAUGUAGCGAGACAGGUGACGACGAGCUCGUGGUCUCAGGGGUUUACGUGAGAUUGUUCGUUCAAAGUCCUGGUUGGUCUCUACGCAGGCCGAAAGAGUUCCUCGCCGAAUGCCUUGACCGCGUUUGCUCUCUGAUGUCCAAGCCAGACUCCGAUGAGUCCAGCCUAGACGCUCUGACUUCGGCCAUCGUAGGUCUGCUCAUGAACCAAGGCCAGCUGCGGGAAGCCAUACCGGUCAUGGGUCACAUCCCACGUAUCGUGACAGCCUUAUCGUCGAGUCCACCAUUUGCAAAACACGCGAUCCGACUCCUGCACGAACUCGCCCAGAGUCAGCCGUGUGUAGAAGCUUUAAGCGAAUGCAAUGAUUGCAUGGCCGGCGUGAAAACAGCAAUCGACAACUGCCCCGAAGCCCUCGAUCUCGUGGCGAAAGCUCUGAACCAAAUGUUCCAAAAGAACGCUUCGCGUCUGGUGCAGCAGGCUCUGAGCGUGAAACUAGUCACCAUUCUCCUGGACUUGCUCGAGCGCCCCGUCACGAACGCUACCAGCAAAGCGCACAUUGUUCAGGCGCUCAAAUCCAUGUUGACGGAUCCGAUAUACGGCGAGGAACUCAACGAGCUGCUGUCCGCAUCCAAAAUUUGGGCGGAUUUCAAAGAUCAACGACACGAUCUCUUCACGAGAGAAACAACAAUCGCUGGCUAUCUACCGAGCACGACGAACAUCGCAGGUUACCUGACAGCUGGGACCACGGGUCCAAAUUAUGCGAGGCAACCACCGCCAGUGGAUAAAUGAAAAGUUUUUAUUUUGUCUUUAAUAUUUAAAAUGUGUUAAUGUGGUCUCGACAGCUCCCUGAUCGACUGGAGAACCGAAGAGACGAAGCAUGGAAGUUUUAUCCGAGCUGUAAUUACGUUACGAUGUGCAGGCGUCAACACCAUGUGAUUUACGGAAACCACUGAGAAUCUAUCCUGAAGCUAGACCGACGCGAGAGACGGACUGAUACAUUCGAAGGACUGAACUCGAUACGGAGAAAA